UUGGUGUCAGCAGGCACAAGACGGCCACGAUGCAAAUAGCCACAUUUGCCCUGACUGGGGAGGAGGAGGAGGCGGUAAGUUCUCUAACAGGCUGAAAUGGCUCACCAUGUGUUACAGCGACACAUUUAGCAACUCCACAGACAUUAACUUCAUUCAUAUUCUGUCUCCACAGAUAUUUCAGGCAUAUUUUGAGCACAUCCGCCCAAAGUCCAUCGACCCAGAAGUAGACGAGGAAGGCAGAUUUUUCCUGUCCAAAUGGGGCCGGCCCAUUGCGAGUGCCACCAAUGAUGUGGCUCGUCUGCACGAGUACUACAAAUGUGAGAACGUGACGAGUCGGGAGAUCAGGAGGGUUGUGGAAACGGAGGCGGCCAACACCUGCACAGAGGAGCAGCAGUCUGGUGUGGCGCACUACAUGGCCCAUUCAACCUCCGUUGCAAAGCAACAUUAUCGGAUGAGGACACUUCACGAGACUGUUGUCACUAGCAACCUGCUGCAGAGCUUAAGAGGAUCUUCUUCUGAGGAUUCAACUGACGGGAGGGCUGGUCCGUCACAGAAGAGAGGCAGAGAGGAAGAGACUGAUUCGGGAGAGGAAGAAACGGAGAACAUGACAGCGUUUCUCUCCAAAUUCCCAGUAACACUGAAUGGGCGGCCUCCCUGCAAGCGGAUCAGAGUCAGUGCUGGGUUCAGUGAAGGCCGUGUGCUGUAUGACAAGUGGAGGGUUAUGCAGCGUGGCAUGCGGGAGGAGCAUCUCUUGUCCGUGUUUGUGAGACGAGCACCCACGGUUCAGACUGUGGCAAGGCGCAUGGAGAAGGAGGGCUGGAGUGGCAACACUCCCCAAGCACAGCUGGUGGUGUCCAAGUGGCGUCCACCCACUCAGACACAGGUGGAAAGUGACCCAAGGAUCAUAAAGAAGGUCACCACUCAGAAGUGGUCAGGUCUGACCAUCAAGGAUUUUGGUGAGCCAAAGGGGAAAGGAGUUGUUGCCACCAAGCGGUUUUCAAAGGGCUCCGUAAUCUGCGAUUACCAUGGCAGGGUAAUCACGAAGGCAGAGGGGAAGAGAAUGAUGCAGAGCAUGGACAACGAGAUGGGCUACCUUUUCUUCUUUCAAGAGCUCUGCGUGGACGCCCAGACGUUCCCCUGUGAGUGUCAUCCUCACAUGGAGACAGUGGGACGGCUCAUGAACCACUCGAAGAAAAGGUUCAACGCAAAGCCCCGUCGCUGCAAACUAAAGCUUCCCCAAGGAGAAACAGACACCAUCCUCCUCCUGGCCAGCAAGGACAUCGAAGUGGGUGAGGAGAUCCGCUUUGACUACGGCGUGUGCAGGCAGUCAUUCGCAGGGGAAGGACUGGACCUGGAAUGGCUGGAUUCUUGAUCCAGCACUGUACAGUGUAAACACACAGAUCCAUUUUGACCAGGGCAUGUGAAGUUUUGGGUGAGGAGGGCAGGCUGCAGCUGGAAUGGUUGGACACUUGCUCCAGCACAAUACAGGUGUGUAUGGUGGACAUUUACACAAUUUCUUAUCAAUUCUGUGCUCCUGCUGAAUAGCAUGUUAACCUAUGUCUCUCCCUCUCUCCUCCCCCUUCUUGUGGACCUGGAGUCCUGGAGUCCUGUGUCUGCGACCAGUAGAUCACUCUGGAUCUGUGGUCUGAACAGAGGUGAGACUGAACCAGAACGGAGAGAAAAUCCUGUAUACUCACUGUGAGGUCUCCCUUCUAACCAG